UCUGAUCCAUCACUGAUACACUACACACACACACACACACACACACAUCAUAUUACAUGAUUCUAUUCUAUUUCUACUCUACACACGAUUCAAUUCUGCAUUUCUAAGCCUUUAAACUGUACCGGGGGAGUUACUCUGCUGGAAUGAACCGGCGCUGCGCUUAGUUGGAUAUAAAGAGAAGUUUACGCCUGUCAGCUGGAUUUAAAGAGACAUCCAAGUGACCGAGUGGAUCUGGACUUGGACCACAGAUAUGGCUAUUCAGACUGGUUACUGAGCUCAGUCAUUUAUAGGGAUUUACUGGAAAGGCUUUGACCGUCAAAUGAGAAAUGGACUCGAUCGGAAACACUAUGCAGAAGAAGGCUGCGGAGCUGGAGCGCAUGGCCGAGGUCCUCGUUACUGGCGAGCAGUUGAGACUGAGACUUCAUGAGGGCAAAGUCAUCAAAGACAGGAGACAUCAUCUCCGCACCUACCCAAACUGCUUUGUUGGAAAGGAGCUCAUUGACUGGUUGAUCGAGCACAAGGAGGCAUCAGACAGAGACACGGCCAUUAGGAUCAUGCAGAAGCUGCUGAACCAGAGUAUCAUUCAUCACGUGUGUGACGAGCACAAGGAUUUUAAAGACCUGAAGUUGUUCUACCGUUUUAGGAAAGAUGACGGGACGUUUCCUUUGGACAACGAAGCUAAAGUUUUCAUGAGAGGCCAGCGGAUAUACGAGAAACUGAUGAAUACAGACAACAACCUGCUUCAGACACGUGAGGAGGAGGGCGUUUCUCAUGAGCGGACGCUGGUGGCCUCUGAGUUUAUCGAUUGGCUUUUGCAGGAGGGGGAGAUAGCCACCAGGGAGGAGGCAGAGCAACUUGGUCGAAGAUUACUGGAGCAUGGCAUUAUUCAGCAUGUCACCAACAGUCACAAUUUUGAGGAUGGUGGCCUGCUCUUUCAGUUCCGGAUGAAUUUUCGGCGGCGGCGGAGGCUGAUGGAGCUGCUGAACGAGAGAAAUCAUGUGAUUCCAGAGAGCCACGACAGCCCAUUCUGUCUGCGCAAACAGAACACAGAGAAUGGCAACAACAGCUUCUUGUCAGUGAGCCCCACUAAAGAGAUUAAGGUGGUGUCAGCAGUGAGGCGCAGCAGCCUGAGCAGUAGUUGUGGCAGCAGUGGUUAUUUCAGCAGCAGUCCCACUCUCAGCAGCAGUCCCCCUGUUCUCUGCAACCCCAAAUCUGUACUGAAAAGACAAGUAAGCCCAGAGGAGCUGCAGACUCCAGGAGGAGCCUUCAUAAAGAAAACAUUCACAAUUGUAGGUGAUGCCGUGGGUUGGGGGUUCGUGGUGAGAGGAAGUAAACCCUGCCACAUCCAAGCUGUUGAUCCAGGUGGACCUGCUGCUGCUGCUGGGAUGAAGGUGUGUCAGUUUGUGGUGGCUGUUAAUGGGAUGAACGUGCUAAAUCUUGACUACAGGACUGUCAGCAACCUCAUUCUCACUGGUCCCAGGACAGUGGUCAUGGAGGUCAUGGAAGAGUGUCACUGAAGACUCUUGGUGGAACUCUUUAUCAAGUGAUGUUCAGCAAGAUCAUUUACCAUACAUCUGGCAUCACGACACGGCCGUCUGUCCUGUGAAAGACAGUUAUAGUAGUUCCCAUUCCUGUUCAUGUCUCACAGAGGUCUCACAGAGACUCUCUGUCUGUGGGGAAUGUGGGAGGACAGAAGGAAGACAUGAUGUACAAAGUCAUAUCAUUGUAUGAAACAGUGCACAGAUUUGAGUUUCAGUUCUGCACAGAUUUGGGAUAUUACUCUUGGAUAGUGAAAUAUAUUCCAAGACUGUAUUAUGCAGCAUUUACAUAAUGACCAAAAGCUAGAGUCUUCAGUUUAAAAAAAAAUCAGGUUUCUUAUUUAAAGGUUUUAACAAUAUUAUGACCAGCUGAACGAUGCUAUAAAGCAAUGCUAUUGUGCAGCAGUGUUGCAGUGCAGCCGUGCAUAACUAAAAAUGUGUUGUUUUAGACAUUUUUAGAGCUAAAAGUCAAUAGGUCACAGUGUGACACACUAAAACAUUCUUAGUUAGGAUUUAAAAUGGAUAAUCUUUAGCUUGGUUGUGCCUGAAACGUGUCAGCAUACACAGUUUUUAUGCUUCAGUACACUUUGAUGAAGAACAAUUUUCAAAAUAACAGAAUGAUUUGCAGACAUAUAAGAUAAAAUAAGAUAUCCUUUAUUUGUCAUAUAUACAUAUACAGAUGUACAGUACAAUGAAUUUCUUUCUUCGCAUAUCCCAGCUUGUUUGGAAACUGGGGUCAGAGCGCAGGGUCAGCCAUCGUACGGCGCCCCUGGAGCAGACACGGCAAUCUUCCGGUGGAACCGGUGGAUUCAGAAAGUAUUCAGACCCUUUGACAUUGUGCACACUUUAAUGUGUUGUGGAUUUGAUUUUGAAUCAAUGGAAUUAACAUUUUACCAAUUAAUCUACACUUAAUCUUUACUUAAUCAUUCACAAUUCAUUUUUUUUUUUUACAAUUUAGUGGUUUACAGACAAAUUACUUAUUCAAGUAUUCAGACCCUUUGCUGUGGCUCUUCUAAUUGUGGUCAUGAUCUAAUUUAAUUAUCCUAAAACUCAAUUUGAGUCUACCUGUUGCAAUUGUAAUAGUUUAGACAUAGUUUGUAAAAGUGUACAUCAAUUUACACUGCACUGUCAGGAUUAAAAAACAAGCCAUGAAGUCCAAGGUAUUGUCUGGUCACUGAGGACCACAUUGGCUUUAAUAAUUUUGAAAUUGAAGAAGCUUGGCAAAAACUUGAACUCUCCAUGAGCUGGUCAUCUGGGCAAAAAUGUUAAAAAUGUCUUGGAGUGCCGCUGAGGUGGCAAAAAAAAACACGCUAGCACACCAGAGCUGGGAUCUCUGAUACAUCAUAUCCUGCCAGCUGAGCUGAGCAGCCACAUAAACAACGAUUGGCCUGUUGUUCAUAUAGGGGUGGGGUAUUAGCCGGAUAGGGUCUCUCUCAUAACUGAUGCCACUACGACCUCUGCUGGCUGGUUGAUGGCGCCUUCACAGAGACGGGGAAAGUCCGUUGAUCAGGGUGUGUCUCCAUACACAGGGCUGAUCCGCAUUAGCUGCUGCCCACGUGUCGGAGGGGGCGUGGGCUAGCUUCGUUCUCCUCAAAUCAGAGCGGUUGUUGGCAUUGGUGGAGAGGAAGCAUGAUGCAAUCGGGCAGUUGGACGAGCUAAAUGUCAGGAGAAAAAGGGGAGAAAAGGCAUAAACAAAAUACCAAAAAAAGCCUUGGAAUAUCCUUAAGUAGCCCAACUGAAGUCCAAGCUUAAACCCCAUUGAACAUCUGUAAAAGAGAAUCUGCUAUGAAGAAUAAGAUAAACUGCACAAAUCCAGGUGUGCAAAGCUCAUAAAGACAUAUUCACAGAGACUUGCUGCUGUAAUUGCUGGCAAAGGGGCUUCGACAAGUACUGAAUAUAGGGCCUUAAUACUUUUGAGACAAAGAUGUUUCAGUUUUAAUUAUAUUUAAAGAAAAACAUUGCUAAUAUUCAUUCAAAAUAAAAAUCCACAACACAGUACAUAAUAAUUGUUUAGGUUAUUUAUAGAAAUACAGAAAUUUCAGAAAGCUGUGGGUUUCUCUAUUUCAGCCACACAAAUUGCAAACAGGUGCAUGAAACAAGCAUAUAGCCAUUUAAUUCCAAUAGAAUGUGAUUAAGCUCGGUUGCUAUCAGUGUGGCUCUGACAUAGGACGCCCCCUUUCAAGUCAGUUCUUUACAUUUCUGUAUAGCAUAAAUGACCCUAGUCAGUUGCACUUGUUUUUUUGUCAAGAGGAAAUGACAACAGCUCAGGUACACACACACACGCACACAGAACACAGUUGCAUCACAUAUUACUUAUUAAAAUAUGCUUUUAAAUUAAAUUACUACUAGAAUGUGUUUUGGGGGGCGUGUACAAUGUAUAUCUGUACUGGAGGAUGGUGGAAUAGAAAUAGUAUUUUUAAAUGGCACUGAAUUGUGUGUUUUAGGAAAGUUUUAUUUUGGUGUGAGAAAUUUGACCAGUCUGCACAGUACCCAGUGAAAGGGCUUAAGCUCCAUGUUUAACAAGCUCAUAAAGACAUGAUAUUUAGGUGUCCACAUACUUUCUUUUUUUUUUUAAUGCAUUUUCUCCCCAUUUUCCAAUUUUGUCUUCCGCUGCUGAGAGAUACCAGAUUGCAUCCGAGGAGAGCAUGUUGCAGUACACGCCUCUUCCGACACGUGCACAGCCCUCCUCUUCUCACCCCUGCAUUCUGCACAGGCGUCUCCUCAGCCAAUCAGGGUCCUUACACAGCGUAUGAAGACCCACCCACCCAUACAUAGUCCGGCCCCCACCCUGCAGAUACGGUGGCCAAUUAGUAUCUGCUGCAGGCACUGCCAAUUAUGCCUGCUAGAUGGCGCCCAGCCGACUGGUGGCAACACCGAGUUUCGAACCGGGGAGUUCAGUAACUCGGUGCUGGUGUGCAAGUGGAAUAUCCCACUUCGCCACCUGGGUGCUCGUCCACAUACUUUUGACCAUUUACAUUUUUGUGUAAUGUUAAAUAUUAGUGAUAGAACUGUGCUAACUACUAAAUAACAUAAAAACAGACUCAAAGAAAUAAAAAUCUGUGAUGGGAUCGGCAUAGGCUGAGAGGAAGCAUGAUGCAAUUGGACGCGCUAAAGGGGGAGAAAAGGGGGAGAAAAUGCAUAAAAAAACUAAAAAAAUGCACAUUUUAAGGUAGGAAGAAAUGAAGAAAGAAAAUCAUAUCAAUAGUUCUAACAUGUCAAGUGAUCAUGAGAAUUUGUAUAAAUAAUUUUUGCUAACAAUCAUGAGAUUUAGAAUUUCUUUCAAUUUAGUUAUAUUUUAAUUCCCUAUCACAACUCUUCGCUUGCUUGCACCAAACCAACACUGGCAGUAAAGGGCCACAGAUAAACAGCUGCCUGGUCUGUUGGGUGUAAAGUCACUGGCUGUUGCUUUUACACCAGUCAGUGGUGGAUUCUCACAGACAGCUGUACUGUGUUCACAGCAGAAGUCCCCGUUGUUUUGACUGUUGAACACCAGCCAGAUUGGUAGGACUGCCGAGACCUGGACUCGAGAGCUUGAACUCUCAGUUGUCAAUUAAAUUUGUUUAUCUGGUUGAUUUAGUAGAUAAUGGGUGACAACUAAAUAUUUCACAUCAGGCCAGGUAGUGCUAAAUAACGUUUUGUGUACAAUAAUUGAAAUCAUCAUUUAAAAAAGCAUUUUGUGUUUACUUGGGUCUUUGUCCAGUACUAAAAGUAGUUUGAUGAUCAGAAACAUAGAAGUAAAUUUGGGAAAGGGUCGAAUACUUUUUACAGCACUGUACCUGCCCAACCCUAAAACUAUAUCUUCUAAACAAUGGGCCACCAAAGCAUUUUAAUACAUUCUUCAUAACUACAGGGGCAUAAUGUGGCACUAUCCAGUGAUUUUCAUCCACUGCCAGUCUAUUUCAGGGUCAAACUGUACAUGCCUCAUGUCUUAAAGUCCAUUUAUUAAUUUAAAAAUAAGGAUUUUGCCGCUCAGGUGGCGCAGCGGUAAAAACACACGCUGCAGCCAGAGCUGGAUCUCGAAUACAUCGUAUCGAAUCCAGCUCUGCCUUUGCCGGCUGAAGGCUGAGUGGCUACAUGAACAACGAUUGGCAGGUUGUUCAGAUAGGGGGCGGGACUAAAAAAGCCAGAUGGGAACUGGUGCGAUUACGACCGUUGCUGUCUGGUGGGUGGCGCCUGCACAGAGAUGGGGAAGGAGUGCGGUAGAGGGUGUGGCUCUCCGUACACAGCACUGUACUUCACUGCACUCGUCAGGUGUAGGUGAUAAGAUGUUCGAUUGCUGUGCACGUCUCGUAGGGGGCGUGGAGCAGCCUCGUCCUCCCCAAUCGGGAACGGGGACCAGCAUUAGUGAGAGGAUGAUUGAUGGGUAGAAAUUGGAUGCGCUAAAAAGUGGGAAAAAAAGGGGUAAAAAUACAAACAAAAAAAAAUUUUUUAGAGUUAUCGCUGCAUUUAGCAGUGCACAAGCUGCAAUCACUUGACCAGCUGAUGACACCUAAAAACUCUCCAGCUUUGCUAUAGGUGCUUACUGAUUUCUACUGACAAUCAGUUUUCUGUUUUUGGAAAUAAGCUCUUCAUUUAUCUACACACACAAACAAAAAUAAUAAUGAACAUUCUGUUUUGCAGUUCAUCUAAAGAAAAGGGAGAAUCUUUGCAAUGUUCAAAUGUAGCAGUUACAGAUUUAUGCAUUGGUAGUAAUUUGUCUCUGUAUGGAAAAUAAGCUGAAGGUACCACAUGUAUAUUUUGCUAAAUCCUUCCAUGUCUGUUAAUAAAUGUUUUAUGAAACGUGA